AUGGAUUCCGCAAAGGUCCCCGUAAAGCUCGUCAAGGUCACCCGCGUGUUGGGCCGAACCGGCUCCCGUGGUGGUGUCACACAAGUGCGCGUCGAGUUCAUGGACGACCAAACCCGAAGCAUCAUCCGCAACGUCAAGGGCCCAGUCCGUGAGAACGACAUCCUCUGCUUGCUCGAGUCCGAACGUGAGGCCAGGAGACUGAGAUAA